GAGUCAGAGCUGGGCUGGUCCUGCAGCAGGCUGCUGAACAGAAAGUCUGUGGUUAAUGAUUGACCCGUGGGAGACCUCUUGGCUUCCCUCCUGGAAGGCCGCCGGGGAGUGCAGUGCCAGGGCCCUGGAAGAGAGAGAGAGGAGGAUCCACAUACAGCCAGGCAGAGUACUGCGGGGUUCACUCAGAGUUGGGUGGGGGGGUCCGACCCUCCUUCCCCUGAUUGGUCCCUCCUCACUCCAGCUCAACUAUCAUCUCCAAACCCCACCACCACCCACUGGCGCCGCCCGGGAUUCUGGGGUGAGUUGUUCCAGGAAGUUUCAAUGAGAGAGCUGAAAAACUAAGUCACCCUUGGCCAGCCCACCCCAGUGACAGAAAGUGCUGCCCCGAGGCUGGUGAGUUGCUGGGCAUCUUUGGGAGGCGCAAGAAAGGGAACGGGAGACAUUUGAGGACCCGGUGGUCUGUGUCUCUCUUCCUCAUGGCUUCAUCCAGUGGCUCCAGCAAGGUCUGCUCCCAUGUCAUCAAUGACAGUCACGUCCCCGAAUUUGAGGUGGCCACUUGGAUCAAAAUCACCCUCGCCUUGGUGUACCUGAUCGUCUUCGUGGUGGGCAUCGUGGGCAACAGCGUCACAAUCCGAGUUACGCAGCUACUGCAGAAAAAGGGCUAUUUACAGAAGGAGGUGACGGAUCACAUGGUCAGCUUGGCUUGUUCAGAUAUCUUGGUCUUCUUGAUCGGUAUGCCCAUGGAGUUCUACAGCAUCAUUUGGAACCCCCUGAGCACACCCAGCUACGCACUGUCCUGUAAGCUCCACACGUUCCUCUUUGAGACUUGCAGCUAUGCCACAUUGCUUCACGUGCUGACGCUCAGCUUUGAGCGCUACAUUGCCAUUUGCCAUCCCUUCAGGUACAAGGCGGUGUCUGGACCUUGCCAGGUGAAACUGCUGAUCGGCUUUGUAUGGGUCACCUCUGCCCUGGUGGCACUCCCCUUGCUCUUUGCCAUGGGUGUUGAGUACCCUCUGGUGACUGUGCCCACCCACAAAGGACUCAACUGCAACCUCUCUCGCGCCCGCCACCACCAGGAUUCUGGGAACUCCAGUAUGUCCAUCUGCACAAACCUCUCCAGCCGCUGGGCUGUGUUCCAGUCCAGCAUCUUUGGGGCCUUCGCCAUUUACUUGGUGGUCCUGGCGUCUGUGGCUUUCAUGUGUUGGAAUAUGAUGAAAGUGCUAAUGAGGAGCAAGAAGGGUACUCUGGCAGGGACCGGGCCACAGCUGCAGCUCAGGAAAUCCGAGAGUGAGGAGAGCCGGACAGCGAGAAGACAGACCAUCAUAUUUCUGAGACUGAUUGUGGUGACACUGGCCGUGUGCUGGAUGCCAAACCAGAUUCGACGGAUCAUGGCUGCAGCAAAACAACACGACUGGACCAAGUCAUACUUCAAGGCAUACAUGAUCCUCCUCCCCUUCUCUGACACUUUCUUCUACCUCAGCUCUGUGGUCAACCCUCUUCUUUACAACGUGUCCUCUCAGCAGUUCCGGAAGGUGUUCUGGCAAGUGCUCUGCUGCCGGCUGACUCUACACGCCAACCAGGAGAAACACCAGCGUGCCGGCUUCCGCUCCACCAAGGACAGCUCCCGCUCAGCCAGAAGCCCCCUCAUCUUCUUAGCCUCUAGGCGAAGCAACUCUUCCUCCAGGAGAACGAACAAGGUUUUCUUAAGCACUUUUCAGGCAAAGCCAGGAGAGGCUGAGCCCCAGCCCUUGAGUUCUGAGUCACCACAGACUGACUCACAGACCAAACCGCCUGAUUCCGCCACCGAAAAUGGUUUCCAGGAGCAAGAAGUGUGACUGUCAAGUUCAGAAGCCUUGAGCAGAAUCUGGCUCUUCCCUCCCACA